AUGUUGCUUUUUGAAGAGCUGCCUGGAUUCCUCUCCGUUAUACUUAACCUGCACGUGAAUUUUGACUCUGUUUAUGUACAAAAAGAAGCAGUGAACUUCAGUUCACUGAAUCCGCUUGGCGACUGCCCCGGAUCACUCAACGGAGGCAUGAAGGCUCCAAGCAAAUGCCUUGUUGUUGUUCAGGAAUGGUGGGGUAUGAAUGAACAAAUCAAGGAACAAGCGAGGCAUAUAGGAGAACUGGGCAAUUUUGUAACCAUGGUUCCUGAUUUGUACAGAGGAAGGGUUGCCAGAAACUUUACAGAAGCUUUGCAUAUCACUCGUGGCCUGGAUUAUCCAGGUGAGUUUUUACCGUGAACAGCAACUUAAAGUUUAUGUGUAUAGUGUAAAAAACAUUCAAAGUUAUUCUGGACAACCAGCAAUAUAGAAUUUGUUCUUAAUAAUGGCGUUGAGGCGUUUUUAGUUUGAUCAGGAGCCUUCGAGGGUUAUUGGCUUCUAGUUUACAUUCUUGGUUGCUAUCUUAACAGCUAGCUAGAAUGAUAGAUAUUUUGAAUGUUUUUUUAUCUUUAUUAAAGCGGCAUGAUUCCUCUAGCGUUUGCCGGUGUUCUAUCAGCUACCGCUACUCUUUGUCUCCACUUUGUCUAAUUUCUUAUCUGAGUAGACUGCAUACUUUGUCAACCAGCAAGAGAUUCAGCAGGGUUGGCAGUUUUGUUCGCUGUUAGGUCGUUUCUUGAAAGCUAUUACAUAACUACAUGACGAGUAGUCUCUCCAACGCGCGUGGAAAUCGCCACGCGUGUCUCUUCCCCGUGUGUGUUGCUCACUUGUACAUGUAUUUAGCUUUCGUAUAUCUUGCAUUGCUGUUUUGUCGGCUCCUGAUUUUGUUCAAUUUAUUACAAAGAUUUGGUUUUAUCAAUUGAAUUGAUAAGGCAGAUUAACCACCUUAGUUGGGGGUGGGGAACUGAACUGAAAGUGCCAUAAACGGACGCAACAACUCUCAACAUUGUUGGACCAACAAUGCUAGUGUCGAGAGUUGUUGCGUCCGUUUGCACGUAGCUAAAGUUUGUACAGUCUCAAACUUUGCGCAACAUCUUUCAACAACGCCCAACAGCAUGCUACAGGUUGUGUAGUCUGCUACACAGCCGUUUUUAGGGUCGUCACGCAACGCUCCUGACGGUUGUGUAGCGGAUUACAGGUUGUGCAAACGGAUGCAAAAUGUAACAUCCGGGAACUGUUGGGAGUCGUUGGCCCACAAUGUUGCGUCCGUUUGCACGGGGCUUAUCUCCCCACGGUAAUAACUCGAUGAAACAAAAUCUUUGUAUUAAUUCAUUUCCCUACCAAAGGCAACAGUUCAGUUUCAUAAGAAACUAAGCCUUUAAUUUCCAACUCAUUCAACUGUUUAUUACUCGUUUACUUCAUGUCAAUGUCCUGCUUUGAUUUUUACGUCGUUAUGUCGAAGCUGACAGGUCACGCGAGAUGCUCCUACGGGUGUUACGUCUCAAAUCGAGGGCAUAUGGUAGAAUAAGGCGUGUCAAUAUGAUAUUCUAGAUUUCCCUGUCAACUCACAAUUACGGGACCAGACAGCUCUUAUUUUGGCGAAGGUCAAGAACUCGGGAGCGGUCAAACAAAGUCCUGGAGCGAGGGUGAAACGAAGAGUAAGACUUCGGGCGAAAAUCUCACUUGGUGAAAAAUUGCUGUUGAGGAAAAAACGGCUGUCUUGCAUUCUAUGAAACAGAAAUUUAAUGUGCAAGUUGAUUUUGCCUCCAACUUUGACGAUGACAAGAGGCUUCUUGAUCGCAGGUUAGCAAAGGUUGUAGCGGACAGCAUAGCUUUAGCCUGCGUAUACAGCUCUCUCUCCGUGCUCCUCAGCACUAGGGAAGUUUCGCGGGAGAGACAACGUUUUUUUUCCCGCGAAACGUCCCUAGCGACGAGAAGUGACAAGAGACGGUUGUAUUUGUUGGCUACGACCCCUUUCCUCAGUUUGUAUUACGAACUGUAUACACGUGGUACAUUUUUGUUCUUUCGCAGGAGCAAUCCAAGAUAUCAAGGCAGCAGCGCAGUUUCUUCUCAAAUCAGGCUGCAAGAAAGUUGGCGUCACAGGUUUCUGCAUGGGAGGUGCCCUGUCUUUGGCAGCGGCUGCUCUAGUUCCAGAAAUCUCGGCUGCCGCCCCGUUUUAUGGCAUCCCCGAUAUAUCGUUAGCUAACGUGUCUACAAUUAAGAUUCCUGUUCAGUGCCACUUUGGUAAAAACGACUCGUCUAACACAGCUAAUCCCGUAGAGUACAUGAAACUUGAGCAGAAAUUGAAAGCAGGAGGGGUGGAUUAUGAAUUUUACGAGUACGAUGCAGGCCACGCUUUCACAAAUCCACAAAGUAGCAACUAUAACAAGGCGAUAGCCGAGUUGUCUGUGGGAAGAAUGAUCGAAUUCAUGAACAAGCAUUUAGCGGUUGGAGAAGAGGAAAAGCUGUCGGUCGAUAGUGACCAACCAGGAACCUAG